AUGGACUCGACGGGUUUGCGGUCGGCGCAUGAAGAGGCCGAUGUUUCUCGACAACAAUUGUAUGAGAGAAGGGUGCUCCUUCUUCCGGAAGGCCAGACUGAAGAGAUGCUGGACGAACGCUUACGAGUCGCGGCGAAAGAGCUUGGUGUUGAGGUUAUGGGUUUGCUGGCUGUCUCCUCACCACCGAAGACGAAGCCGGAGUCAAUGCGAACGUUCUCGUCAGAGCUACCGCGUCGAUCAGAGUCAAUUGACUCUGAGCAGUCGCGGUUUACAGGAUUCACCUCUAACACCUCGGAUCUCUCGAGAGGACAGCUCAAUGGCAGGCGACCGUUCCGGACAAGUCUAUCCUUCAAGGACUAUGACGACUUCCUGUCGCGAGGCCGCCGCGACGGACGGCACAAGAUUUCCUUCUCACCACCAUCUCCACCUUCGCGAUCGACCUUCUCGUUACCACUCUACUCACCUUCGCCCUCGCCGAAGAAGUCCUUCUGCCACCUCCGUGGGCUUAGCAUGCUCAAGCUGCGGCGAACAGACUCUGUCCUUUCACCAGUCGGCUGCCCGCAUUGUCCGCGAGAGGUGCAGAGCCGGAAGCGAGCCCAACACGCCAUGCCAUGCGGCCACCGUUUGUGCACUCCAGCGCUGCGUCAGACGAUCCAAGCCGCAACAGCAAGCAAGAGCGGUGCUGUUCCAAGCUGUUGCGGCAUACCUAUACCGGGCAAUUUGAUAGAGCAAGCUAUGACACAGGAAGAGCAGGAAGCAAUGCUGGAUAAGCUGGAACAGUGGGACGAGGCAGCGUCUAUUGCGCCCUCGAUCAAGAGUGAGAUCGGUCCGCCAGGCGUCAGACGCAGACCAGCACCAGGUGGUAGAACUAUCUCGGACGAGUCAAGGGUAGACUCUGUUGCGACCAACCAUACUCCUUCAGAAAGGUUGCUCGAACGGCCAGAGUUUCAAGAGCUACAAAACCACCACAACGAGCUUAGUGUCCGCUUCCGCACUUGGAUUGAAGAGCACCGCGCACUCAUUCAAAGCACGCACGAUCGUCUCCAAACCGAGCUCAAAGCCCGCCAGGAAGCCGCCACCGAAGCAUUAGUCGAGCACCACGCAAACGCAAUGGCCGAGGCAGAAGACAAACAAGUCAGCGCCGAAGCCAACAUGCGCACCGCCCACGAGAAAGAGAAGCGCGACCACGCCACAGCGCUGAAGCAUAUGGAAGCCUACUGCGCCGGCACCUAUGCCAACGGUGAACCGCACAACCGCACCAUCACCGAAUCAGACCACUCCGAACUAACAAAGGCACGCUGGGUGCGCGAUACGAUGGACAACAAACACGCCAGCGUCAUCAACGUUCUACGCGGCGACCAGGCGAGGAGGAUGAAGAUGCGUGCUGAUCGGCAAGAGAGGGAGGUGCAGGAGUUGAAGAAGGCGCAGAGGCAGGAGGAGCUGGAGGCGGCGAGGGCGCGGACGGCGGAGGUGGUGGGAUUGGAAGGAUUUGUGGGGGAGAGGUGGAGGCGGAUUGGGGUUAGGUGGGAGUUGGAUGGAGCGGUGUUUGCUAAAGGGUUGGAGGUGAGGAGAGGGGGUGUGGAGGAGAACACCGUGACGGAAGAUGCUGAUCAGCAGAGCUCGUUGGGUAGUGAGAAGGGCGUGGAGAAGGAUGUACAGCCGGGUGCUGAGCAGGACUUGAGCGGGUUGGCGAAGAUGGGGAAUAUGUAUCUGGGCGAGACGGCGGGCAAUGCAGCGACGAGCGGUCAAGCCAGCUGA